AUGUUUCUUCUCCGCCUACGAUUCUCGAACUCCCUUUCUGCUCCGAUACGCCGAUGCUUCUUCUCCCACGGAGUUUCGUCUCUUCCAAAUCCAGCCGCCGCGAGUGUCCCAUACCCCAUCCCGAGGGAUCCCUCGUCGAGUCACGUACCGCGGCACGAGGAGCUCAUGUGGAAACUCGAUUGGUGUGCCUCCCGUCUACACGCGAGAGUCAUGAUGAUGAUCAAGCUAUCGAAUCUCGACGCAGCGGCGGAUCUCACAGUCUUGGCGGCCAGAUCCCGACCAUCGUCUUCCGCCAUCACCGGAACCUGCGACGCAAUCAUCGGCGCCAUGUGCCGCGCGGGACGGUACAAGGACGCGUCCGAGUAUUUCCAUUAUUUUUUCAACGAGUCAAACCUGAAACCUAACAUAUCCUGCUGCAAUCACAUCAUCAGAGCUCUCUGUCACCAAAACCGAGUCGACGAGGCUGUUAGGUUUUACCGCCAUUUGUUGGCCAACUCUCCUUUGCCUCCGAACGAACACACUCACGAAACCUUGGCUAAAGGAUUGGUUGAUGCCGGUAGGGUUAAAGAAGCAGAGGAUUUGAUCGUUGAGGUGAUGUCAGCAGAAUCAUCCCAACUCAGUCCGUUAGUGUUCAAUCAUCUGAUCCGUGGGUUCUUGGAUCAGGGCAGACAUGAAACAGCAAUGGAAGUUUUCAAAGAUGUGAAACAGAGGGUGGUCUCGUCUGAAGAUGAUGAAGUCGCCGACUGGAUUCAUUUCAUCAUCGAUGAGGACUACAACGGAAUUGCGAUGGUGGAGGCUACCUUCAUAGACUAUUGGUUCAAGCAAGGCAACGAUAAAGAAGCUAUCAAGUGUUACGCUUCCUUGUUACGCAAGAAAUUCACAAUGAACGCAGUUACUGGUAACACCCUCCUGCGGAUUCUUCUCUGUCACGGCAAGGAAGCUGAGGCUUGGGCAUUGUUUGAUCGGAUGUGUGACCAGCAGUAUGACGCAGAGACAUGUAACAUUGUUGUCAAUGAAUGUUUUAGGAACUCCGAGUUAAGCAAAGCUGUUGAGACUUUUCAGAGAGUUGGAACCAAUAUCAGUGGCUCGCAGCUUUGUUACAGGAACAUAAUCAGUCGGUUCUGCGAAGAGGGGAUGUUGUCUGAAGCAGAGACUCUGUUUGAAGAAAUGUGUUCCAAGCAGUUUAUCGUCCCAGACAUCCCCACUUAUAGGUUGUUGCUCGAUGCCUAUGGCAAUGCAGCCAGAUUUGAUGAUGCGGAUCGAAUCGCCAACCUUGUCAUUGAUGCCAAUAUCAAGUGUGUUGCUAAGUUUUGUCCAAUGUAUUUUCAACCUUAUCAUUAA